AUGCACUUCGCGCUGCCCCCGCGCAAAACAUCCCAUCCUCCUCCCUACGUUCGAAACAGUAAUUUGACUGCGGCAGCUCAGAGACGGCGCAAGCAAUUCCAAGUGGGCGCCUACAUCGUGCUAGGGAUAUUGACAGUGUACCUUGUCGUGCGGUUCAUUCUAUCACUCGAUUUAACAGGAGGACAUAACGAUGGUGCAACGUCGAUUGAAGGGCCCCAAGACAUUGUCAUCGUCACGGUGUUCGACAAUGCGACAAUGAGCGAAGAUUAUGUGCGGAUAGUCAAGGCAAAUCGAGAUGAUUACGCCAGGAGACAUGGAUACAAGAACUUCUAUACCAACACGACGACCUACUUCAGCCUCGUGGACCCUUCCCCCUUAUCCUGGUCGAUGAUACCAGCAAUGCGACAUGCAUUGACUGAGCAUGCCACGAGCACCUUUUUCUGGUCCUUGUCCGCCGACGCCUUCAUCACGAAUCCUUCAGUCUCCUUAGAAUCCCACGUCCUUCAACCGCUCGAGUCGUUGAUGCUCAAGGACAUUCCUGUCGUGCCGCCAGACUCAGUUAUCCAUACCUUCUCUCAUCUCAAGCCUUCUCGCACACAUCUAAUUCUGUCUCAAGAUAUGGACAACCUCGCCCAUACUUCGUUCAUCCUUCGCAAUACCCCCUUCAGUACAAAAACGCCAGACAAUUGGGCCCAUUACUUCUUGGAUGCCUGGUUUGAUCCUUUAUACCGUGCUUAUGCAUUUCAAAAGGCUGAGAACCACGCCCUCGAGCACCUAGUCCAAUGGCACCCCACAGUCUUGGCCAAGCUGGUGCUCAUCGAGCAACGCUGGAUCAACUCCUACAACUACGCCACACCACCGUCGAAAGACCCAUCGACGGGACUCACACGCACUCACGACAGCAUGUGGCAGGAGGGGGAUUUGGUGGUGAAUCUCAAAGGAUGCAGAGAAAGCGACAGGCGUGACUGCGAAGACGAAAUGAGAUACUACUUUACCAAAUGGGAGAAAGAGGUUGAAAAACUGGACGGGAAGAAGCCAGAGCAUAAAGUCGGACGUCCGACACUGAGGCGCCUUAAGGAUGAGAAGAAGGCUGACAAGGUCAAGCCUCCGAGACGAUAA